CGCUGGAGUUGUGAAAGAAUUCUAAGCUUCAUCUUCAUGCCGUCGUGAUAGGAAUUCGAUCGGUGAGACACCAUCGAUGAUUCAAUGGUUUGCUAAUCGAUUCUAUCGAAGGCUCCACCCGCCUACUUAGACCAUACGAGUGUGACGCAUCGAGGCUAUGAAGCGCACCGUGUGACACGUGUGGUAAAAAAGAAAAAGAAAUGCCCGACCCCGAGUGCCACAUACGGUUCGAUAACAACCCGUACGGCGUGUACCUUGCCGGGCAGACUCUUGCCGGCCAGGUGGAGCUCCGUUUGACAGAAAUACUCAGUGUCAUUGGAAUCUCUCUGCGGCUGGAUGGGCUGACCGAAGUCGAAUGGUCGGAGGUCAUCGAGACGGCCACCGGCCAUCAGCCAAGCGGCAGCCGCAAGACGGCCCGCUACCACGGUCAACAGACGCUGCUCAACUCCACCAGCUUCCUGUGCGGCUCGUCCGUCGGACCGGUGCGGGACCUUGCCAUCGGAACGCAUACGUAUCAUUUCUCCUGCGAGCUUCCUGCCCACCUGCCGACCUCGUUCGAGGGCUACCAUGCACGGAUCCGGUACACGGCGAAGGCGUCGGUGCACCGGACCAAGGCACGGGUCGACCCGAUCGGGCAGGCCAGCUUCACCGUGCUGCGGCACCUGAACCUGAACGAGCACGGCGAGGUGCUGCUGCUGCCCGCCAAGAGCGAGCUGACGAAGGUGUUCUGCUGCGGACCGUGCUCGUCCGAACCACUAUACAUAUCGGCCCAGAUAGCCCGCUGCGGCUACAUCCCGGGCCAAACGAUUGUGAUGAAGAUAGAUGCGGUCAACCGAAGCCGCACGACCGUAACCGAGUUUCGCGUGAAGCUCGUGCAGAAGCUGUGCUACUCGAGCCAGCAGCCGGCGGUGGAAAUGCGCACCGACGCACUGGUCGUGGCCGAGUCGCGCUGUUCCGGCGUUACCUCCGGCGAGGUAGUGAAGCAUCAGCAAAAUUUGCUUAUCCCGGCCGUGCCACCGACCUACACGGACGGUGCGCCCCUCUUCAGCGUCAACUACGAGCUGGAGGUGGAGGCACGGGUAACGGGGCCCAACAUUAGUCCGCGGCUGGCGAUGCCCAUCACGAUCGGCACGAUAGCGCUGGAGCAGGCGGUGCCGAAGGAGAAGCUGAAGCCACUGACGAAACCACCGUGGGAUCCGUUCAGUCCCCAGCACUACACGGACAUAAUCGGCACUCGGAUACCGAUCGGCCAUGCCGUCCGCCGUUCGCAGGCAGGCCUGGAGGAACAACUGCCGAACGGUUCGAACAACGUGCGACUCCACUACAUUGUGCACCGGAACGGGGGCGAACUUCCGCCAUGAAAACUGAGGUUUGAGCAAACCGACACCAGACGACAACCGGCGAGCCGGGAAGAAAGGGAAAGAAGAUUGUUGUUAAAUUCAGGUUGCUUGCUAUUUACACACUCAAUUAGGUGUUAAUUACGGGUUUUUUUUUAUGUUUUUCAAUCGAGGAACGAAACAGAACGAAAAAGAGAGUACAAAGUCAAACGAAACGGCGCAAAAAGCUAAAUCAAAUGAAAAAAAAAAACACGCACAUGUCACAGGAGAAUUUGCACCCACACUGCCUCUUGCCGCUUUUGGCAUGCCUCAGCAAACGCUUACGAAAUGAUAUACAAAAAAACACACACACAAAUGCACGCACAUAAAUCGAUCAGCACACAUCUCGUGCGAGCCACGGCGUGUGCCUUGGAUCGAUUGCUUUAGGUUUUUAACAGAUUAAUAUCAAACGCGCGCUAAUAAAUAGCCAAACUAUUGCUUAUUGUAAUGUGGCGCGCACAGGAGCGCUUGCAACUCUCCCGGCAGAAUUAAAUUACAUCUACUACACCGCGCUCCAAUGUAUGUAUGUAUGUAUGUAUGCUCUUUGUACGCUUUUCCCUGGUGGCUAUUAUUGUACGUCUUUUUACUACUCGCCCAAUUUUAAAACUACUACCGUAACGCUGGGAAGGCGAGCGUGUCUGUGGCGCUAACCUUACGAGCGCGCUUUGCUGUCGAAAACAACAAAAAAACGAACUCAGAAGCGAAUAACCUCCGCUAAACUACCUCAAGUGCCAUUGAGAUUUGUUGCAAAUAUACAUAAUUAUGUGAACAACAUGCUGCUAGCUCUGGAAGAAACGGUGUUUGCUUAAUUAU